AAAUUGUUCCUCAAAUGCGACGGCUUGAAGACCCCGUUGAAAAAAGAUUAAUACGAAUCAUGGUGAAACGUUAGGUUAUAUUGCGAAAGAUCGCCUAGAGACUGACUACGAACACUUAAAGGUAUAAAUCAUUGAGGUGCAGACCUGCGGUGAGAGAGCCUUGAAUGUCAUUCCCCAAGCACAAUCUUUUGUCGCGUUCGCUCUUUUCGAAAAUCAAUCAAUAUGCAGAUCUCUCGCUUUCUCACGUCCCUUGUGGCGGCUUCCACGGCGCUGGCCGCUCCUACCGAGCUGGAUAAGCGCGGAGUGGAUAUUUCUUGCGGCUCAUUUGGCUCGCUCGAUAAAAUUGGUUAUACUAUCUACCACAACAACUUUGGCGCCAGCGACGCUACUUCCGGCUCGCAGUGCACCCACUUCACUGGAGUCAACAGCGAUAAGUCAAUUCAUUGGUCCACGGCCUGGACUUGGGCUGGCGGUCCUGGCCACGUCAAGUCUUAUUCCAACGUCGCUCUCAUGAACGUCAACAAGAAGCUGUCCUCCAUCUCCUCCCUUACGUCUACUUGGAACUGGUCGCAAACCGGUAACAACGUUGUCGCCGAUGUGUCGUAUGACCUGUGGCUCGCUCCCACUUCCGGCGCCAACGAUGCCUACGAGAUCAUGAUCUGGCUUGCCGCUAUCGGUGGUGCUCUUCCCAUCUCCUCGACCGGCAACGCUAUCGCUACAGUCACGCUUGAGGGCCAUAGCUUCAAGCUCUACUAUGGCUUGAACGGUGGUGUCAAGGUCUAUUCUUUCGUUGCUUCCAGCCCUGUCUACAGCUUCAGCGGUGACGUCAAGAAGUUCUUGACCUACUUGACCAGCAAGCAAGGUGUUGACGCUAAUUCCUGGGUCACUCACCUCCAGGCUGGUACUGAGCCCUUCACUGGAAGCAACGUUGUUUUCACCACGUCAUCUUACAAAUUGACGAUUGCGUAAACUUCGCAGGGUUACCAACUCAGAAGAAGACAAACGUCCUGCUUCGAUAUACUCUUGGCAAGUCCAGGAAAUAGCGCAAUGGUCAGUGCGCUUUAGUAUGGACUUGUAGAGGAAUGUGGCUGUGAAAGCAACCGAAUAAGAGGACGGGAUUACUUUUUAUAGAUAAUAGUAAUUGAUUGAAUCAGC